AAACGAGGGUCACACAGCUGCCAGACCCCAGUGACGACGUGGCCGACUUAGUGAAAAGGGUUAAAUUCACACCUUCCUCGCCUCUCCUCUCACGUUGAACAGCGUCAUCGUCAGCAUCAUGUCUGCCACCUGGUCUCCUCUUCAGCUUCCUCGCCUGAACCUGAGUGACCCGGAGAAGCAGCGAAAGGUUGAGUCCCUCCUCUCCCGCUGAUUCUGACGGAGGAGAAGCAGAAGAGAGUUCGAUCCGUUUUCCUGGAGGAGAUGAGACUCGGCCUGGCAUCGAACCCUGAACGCCAAUCCUCCCUAUUGAUGGAGAAUACCUUUAUACCAGAGCUCGUCGAUGGCACAGAAAACGGAGAAUACCUCGCCCUCGAUCUCGGGGGGACUAACUUCAGGGUGAUCUACGUACUGAUGAAGGAGGGGAAGUUUGUCGAAGAGGUCGUGGACUACUUCGCGGUGCCUCUGGAGACUCGCUUGGGCCCCGGCGAGGAACUCUUCGACUUCCUUGCGCAGUGCCUCUGGGAGUUCAUCCACGCGAAGAAGUUGACGGGGCGGAACUUGAAACUGGGCUUCACCUUCUCGUUCCCCAUGACGCAGAAGAGCCUGGACGUCGGUAUCCUCGCCUCCUGGACCAAGUCGUUCAACUGCUCCGGCGUGGUGGGUCGCGACGCCGUCAAGAUGCUCAACGAUGCGAUUCAGCGGCGCGGCGACAUGGACAUUACGGUGUCGGCGAUCCUCAACGACACGACGGGUACCCUCGUGAUGGGCGCCUAUUUAGACCACCGGUGCGCCAUAGGUAUGAUCUUGGGCACAGGAUCCAACGGCGCCUACAUCGAGAAGGUGGAGAGGAUCGAAAAGUGGCACGGGAUCCACACGGAGAAGGAGAUGCUGGUGGACAUUGAAUGGGGUGCCUUUGGCGAUAACGGCGUGCUGGACUUCAUCAGGACGCAGUGGGACCGAGCCGUGGAUGACCAGUCGCUCCUCGUCAACUCCUACACCUUUGAAAAAUACUACGGUGGAAAAUAUAUGGGGGACCUGUUCCGGGAGGUGCUUCUAACCCUAGCCAAAGAGGGACUGCUGGGGCGCGGGGACGUCGGGAAGCUGGGUACCCACGGAGCCAUCACCACCACCACCGUGUCCCAAAUUGAUGGGGAGAGCUUCCAGGGGGCCCACGAGGUAGCAGAGAAGAUGCUGGAGGAGAUCGGAUUGCCCACAGGGGAGGAUGACUUACAGCUUGUGAAAUAUGCAGCGGGCCUCGUGUCCUAUCGUGGCUGUGUGCUCGUGUCCUUAUUGGUGGGGAUCCUUCUCAAUCGCAUGGAGCGGCCGCAUUGCACGGUUGCCAUCGACGGGUCUCUCUUCCGCCAUCAUCCGCGCUUCAGGCCCCUCAUGGAACACCUCAUAUCCAGCUACGCCCCUGGGAGAUCGUUCGACCUCCGCCAGGCCCACGACGGCUCCGGGAAAGGCGCAGCGCUCAUCGCGGCCAUCGCUCAGCGCCUCAAGACUCACGAAGCGGACAGCGGCAGCGCGAAGAAGAGCAAGAAGACCAGCGCCGCCAACUACGUCAGCAGCGCGAGUACGAAGCUCAGCAAUGGAGUCAGCGCGCAGAGAGAGAGAGAGAGAGAGAGAGAGAGAGAGAGAGAGAGAGAGAGAGAGAGAGAGAGAGAGAGAGAGAGAGAGAGAGAGAGAGAGAGAGAGAGAGAAGGAGUUAUGCAUUUUGUUUUCAUUAUUUCGUUUUCUUCAUUUUUUUUAUAGUUUUGGUUGUCCAGUUUUUUUCCCGUUUUUUGGUUACCGUUUUUUUGUUGUUUUUUGCACUUCAUAUCUUUGUGUUGUUUUAUUUCUUGAAGUAUUUUGUUUUAUUUUCCGUUAGUUGUUUUAUUUUUUCGAUCAUUUUUUGCAUUGUUUCAACCUGUACGCUCAUUUUUAGCACCGCUGGCAAAUGUUCCUUUCACUUUUAACAUUCAAACAAAAUCGUUCACGUCUGGCAUCAACUUUAACUAGAAUAUUUACACCUAGCAUUACGUCAAACUAUACUGAUCAUUUUCAAGCAUUUUUCCAGUCGUGUAUUCAUUUAAAAUAUAUCCUUUUGUAUUCAUAUGUAAAUUUCCUUGACAUUUUUUUCUCAUAUUAAAUUUAACUGGAACAUUCACAUCUAGCGCUAUGUCAAACUGUACUGAUCAUUUUUAGCAUUUUUCCAGUCGUGUAUUCUUUUAUAAUAUAUCCUUUUGUAUUCAUAUGUAAAUUUCCUUGACAUUUUUUUCUCAUAUUAAAUUUAACUGGAACAUUCACAACUAGCGCUAUGUCAAACUAUACUGAUCAUUUUCAAGCAUUAUUCCAGUCGUGUAUUCAUUUAAAAUAUAUCCUUUGUAUUCAUAUGUAAAUUUCCUUGACAAUUUUUUCUCAUAUUAAAUUUAACUGGAACAUUCACAUCUAGCGUUAUGUCAAACUAUAGUGGUCAUUUUUAAGCAUUUUUCCAGUCGUGUAUUCAUUUAAAAUAUAUCCUUUUGUAUUCAUAUGUAAAUUUCCUUGACAUUUUUUUCUCAUAUUAAAUUUAACUGGAACAUUCACAUCUAGCGCUAUGUCAAACUGUACUGAUCAUUUUUAGCAUUUUUCCAGUCGUGUAUUCUUUUAUAAUAUAUCCUUUGUAUUCAUAUGUAAAUUUCCUUGACAUUUUUGCAGUUUCAACCUAUUCAUAUGUAAAUUUCCUUGACAUUUCUCAUAUUGUUAGGGACAUUUGACCUAAUUUAAAGGGAAGAGAAAUCCUGUGCCACCUAAGCCUUCAUGCAGUGUUCACUAUAGCCUUAAAGUGACGUUGUUCCCGUGUUCGUUAAGUGUUCGUUAUGAUGUACACUAAUCUUAAGACAGUCGCUUCACCAGCCAUCCUUGUUAAAAUCUUAAGUUUAUUGCCCAAGAAAAAAAAAUGGAUAGCUAUUCUGUUUUUUCUUGCGAUGCUUUACUGUUUAUAUAAAGAGUCUAUUUUAAGUCAC